UGCAGUUGCGAAAUAACAAUAUCUAUCUAUAAGUCAUGUUUACAUCUCUUGUGUUGAUUGCAGUGAGCGUUAUAACUCUUCUGUUCAUAUUCAAAAAGUUUAGAAGUCAUAAGAGGGAUGAUUCUGCGAAGAAUUACCCGAAUGGAUCUAUGGGUUUUCUCCCUGUAAUUGGAGAGAGUUUGAGUUUUCUUCAAGCUAUGAAAACGAAUCGCGGCGAGAAAUGGGUUGAAGACAGGGUUGCAAAAUAUGGUCCGAUUUUUAAAACUUCCCUCAUGGGUAGUACUACUGUUUUUAUAACCGGUCACUCCGGUACGAAGUUUGUUCUUGGUGCUGAUACUGAAGUUCUUGCUCCUAGGCAACCAGUUACCAUUGCUGCUAUCAUGGGUAAGCAUAAUCUCUUUGAAGUGUCAGGAUCAAGGUAUAAACUUCUCCGAGGUGCGAUGAUGAGCUUUCUGAAACCGGAAAGUCUUCAAGGGCAUAUAAAACGUAUGGAUGGUAUGUUGAAGACGCACAUCGAUGUAGCAACCAGAGGGAAAGAGACCAUACAUACACUUAGCUUCAUGAAGAAACUAACGUUUCAUGUGGCAUGUCAUAUAUUGUUCGGGAUAACGGAUGACGCCACUGAGGAAGCUCUAUACGAAGAUUUCGGGCACUGCUUUAAAGCUAUGUGGUCUGCACCAUUCAAUUUUCCAGGGACAACGUUUAGAAGAGGAAUCCAAGCGAGAGAAAAGAUAAUCAAAAAGAUGACACCAAUCAUGGAGAAGAGGAAAGAACAACUCAAGAAAGGGACACUUAACCCCAAGAACGACGUAUUAACUUGCAUGUUGUCAUUGGAAACAGAAGCCGAAGAGAAUGGCGAUCAAGAAGAACCUGUAACACAACAAGAAGUUAUCGAUAACUUCAUUUCUUUGAUGAUUGCUGGUCAUGAUAGUUCAGCUGUUGUCUUGACUUGGAUUAUUUGGAAAUUGGCUAAAAAUCCCGAGAUCUAUGAAAAUGUUGUCAAAGAGCAAAUGAGCAUUCUGAACGAAAGAAAACAGCGACAAGUUGAAGGUGGAGAAGACGUUGAUCAACGUCUUACAUGGGGAGAAAUUGCGAAAAUGAAAUACACAUGGACGGUAGCACAAGAAGUGAUGAGAGUCAUUCCACCCUUCUUUGGAAGCUUUAGAAAAGCAAUUAGAGAUACUAGUUUUGGUGGUUAUGACAUCCCCAAGGGGUGGCAGGUAUUUUGGGUGUCAUACGGAACACACAUGAACAAAGACAUAUUCAAUGACCCCACGAAAUUCGAUCCAUCUCGUUUCGAAACUAAGUCGAUCCCUCCUUACGCAUACGUACCAUUUGGAGCAGGACACCACACUUGCAUUGGACACGAAUUCGCAAGAGUUGAAGCAUUGACUGUGAUACAUCAUCUAGUAACCAAGUUCGAAUGGUCACUUGUGAACCCAGAUGAGAAAAUAACUCGCCUUGCUCUGCCAUAUCCUGAGAUGGGCCUUCCCAUCAACCUCAAACCGAAGCAUUAGAAUCACAUAUUUAGUACUUACUUGCACGUUAAAUCAUCUCAAAAUGUAAAAUGCACAUUUCUGAUAAUUUCUUUGCUUAAAUUUUUUCCUUUUCUUUUUCAUUUUUCUUUAAAUAAUGUAUCAGUAACUAGAUAAAUAAAAUGUGUUUGUAUCAACAAUCAACCUUAA